AUGGUUAACCCUAAAGUUUUCUUCGAUAUGUCCGUCGGGGGUGUUUCCGCCGGUAGGAUCGUGAUGGAGCUUUACGCCGAUACCACACCAGAGACGGCUGAGAAUUUCCGUGCCCUUUGUACCGGCGAGAGAGGAAUCGGAAAGUCCGGCAAGCCACUUCACUACAAGGGAUCGAGCUUCCACCGUGUGAUCCCUAAAUUCAUGUGCCAAGGAGGAGAUUUCACCGCCGGGAACGGAACAGGAGGUGAAUCGAUCUACGGGGCUAAGUUUAAGGACGAGAACUUCAUCAAGAAGCAUACCGGUCCAGGUAUUCUGUCCAUGGCUAACGCUGGUGCGCAUACCAACGGAUCUCAGUUUUUCAUCUGUACUGAGAAGACGUCGUGGCUCGAUGGUAAGCACGUUGUGUUUGGUCAAGUUGUUGAAGGGAUGGAUGUUGUUAGGAACAUUGAGAAGGUUGGAUCUGACAGUGGAAGGACUUCCAAGCCUGUUGUCAUCGCUGAUUGUGGUCAGAUUUCUUAG